CCACUUUGUUGUGUGGGGGGUGGAAGCUACCAAACCUACUCAAAACAUCCGUUUGUGGGAUACUAGUAGCUGAAAAAAAAAGCUUCAGACAACUGAAAUGAAGCACACAGAAUCGCGGUAACGAUGAAGCAUACUCGUGAAAGCAAAACCUUGUCGGUGAAACUCUGAAAUGUCACAAGUUUGGGGAGAGAUCCGACCGGAAACGCAGCCCCUCUCACACCGGAAGUAGCAUGGGAGACAGAGUUUUGCAGCCAGUGUGGAGGUUGUUAUGUUGUCAUCUCUCUCUUCCGAAUUAAACACGGACUGGUCUCCAGACUUGGUGUAAAGGUGCAGUUACAUCUAGAGACUUUGUGCGACAGAACAACUGCAGUAUUUUUAAUGCAGUUGCGGAAAUUUGCAAGGGCAUCUUUCCUGACGUCACCAUGGCCGGUUGGAGAGGAAAGACGUCUGUAGACAAGCAGCUGCUCAAAAAUGUCAUCAGGCACACAGAAAGCAUGAACAAGGUCCACGAGGAGUCUGAGAUGUGGAGGCAGCACAAGGAGCUGACGCAGAGCAGGAGGAACGACACUUCACCUUACAGAAGUGGGCGAAUGAGAAGUGACAGAAGUGUUGACACGAGCGUGAGGGCGUCUGGGGGAGUUUCUCCCGGCAGCUCCUACUGGACCAGGAAGCUGUACCAGGCAGAGGAGGCAGAUCCAGACAGAUGGGGACACAGUGGCUUCAAGGAGCUGUACCCGGAUGCUUUCAGCAGCUCUGCCAGUACCGAGGACUUGGGAGAGAGGAGCAGGAGUAAAAAACGCAAAAAGAAGAAGAAAGCCAAGAAGAAAGAUGUGUCCAAGAAAAGGAAACAUUCCAGUGACUCGGACAGCUCUGCUCAGCGGGAGAGACGGAAAACGUCGAAGAAGAGGAAAAGAAAGAAAAACAGUGGCGACGAUCACGGGAAAACCAAACUCACAACGCAACCUACCUCUCAUCACAAAAAUGGGCGAAAUGAUGUACAGGGUUCAGAUAUUUUUGUACCAGAACGUGCAGAAAAGGACAAGUCUGACAGACAUCGUCCAAAACAUAAACAAAGCCGCAGGUCUAGGAGAGACCGCAGCCCGGCAGACGCUGAUAGUAAACACAGGACAAGAGAUGGUAAGGCCAAGACUACGGGCAGAAAGAAGCACAGUGACGGCAGGUAGCAUCCUGGUAUUCUCCAAGCAGAUGUUGUUCAGGUGGCCGCAAAAGACAGUAUCAAAUUGCAGUCUGGCCAAUGGAUACUGCUUGGCCAACUUGAUACUGUCUUUUGCGGCCAGCUAAACAUCUGGUUGGAGAUUUGCAUCCUGGCAGAAAGGAGAGAGUUUCACAGGAAGAGAGGAGUGCAGAGGAAAAGGGACACCAUAGUGCUAAUCAUUAUUUUUUAGCAUCAUGGAUGAAACUGCUUUAGAUUGAAUACUACCCGGUAAUACAUUUUUUCAUGUGGGGAUAAAAUGUGUGGUCCUCUCUUAUGCUUAAGGAGGAUUACGUUAUGUAUUUCUUGCAACUACAUUGUAUUCUACUAUUAAAGUAUUUUUUGAACCAACUUGUUUGUGAUGUAAAAUGUACCAGUCUUCAAAUUCUAACACCCUACCGAGUAAAAUAACUCGUACAUUGUAAAUCAUCAAGGCCAGUGUGACAUAAUAAAACUGUUUAUAUCAUACCCAGGCCGCAAUAACACUCGAUACGGGUGUUCCGGACAGUACAUAU